AUGGCGGAGCAGUUAUUACCUAGCCUGAUAACUUUACUCAGCCGACGCACUGACAGCACCAUAGAGUCCGAAGGUGAUGUCACAUUUGAUUCCAAUAGUGUCAGCGAGGAGUUCGCUGACACUGUCUCGGGUAUCAACGAGAAGCGAUUGAUGUUCAAGAUCGAUGCCCAUGUUUUGCCAAUUCUGUGCAUACUGUACUUUCUGGCCUUUUUAGAUCGGAUUAACAUGGGUCAUGCAGUCGUUUUUGGACUUGAAGAGGAUUUGGGAAUGGACCCUAAAUCGAAUCAGUUCAACACGGCGUUGACGAUAUUUUUUGUGCCAUACGUGCUGCUGGAGGUCCCAUCAAACAUCGUUCUCAAGAAACUACAACCCCACGUCUGGUUGAAAAGCUACGGUGGUCUCCUAGUGACACGGUUCUUCAUCGGUGUGACAGAAUCCGGAAUGUUUCCUGGAUGCUACUACCUCAUUGGAAUGUGGUACAGACGUCCAGAUGCCCUCCGCCGAUAUACAUAUUUUUUCAACUCAACGACGCUUGCGGGCGCAUUUGGAGGACUGAUAGCAUACGGCACAGGAUAUAUGCAGGGUAUGAGAGGAUAUGGAGCCUGGCGUUGGCUUUUUAUCAUUGAGGGAGCCGUAACAUGCUUUGUUGCUGUUCUCGCUUGGUUCCUUAUCUCGGAUUUUCCCGAGCAGGCCAGGUGGCUGACCGAGGCCGAGCGGCGAUGGAUGAAGAAGAGAAUGGAGAUUGAACAUGGGACCGAGUCAGCGGAGGAUCCUAUACGUUUCAUUGACGUGGUUGAGGUUCUCAAGGACUACAGGAUCUGCUUGGGUGCGCUCAUAUAUUUUUCUUUCUUGGUACCAUCAUACUGUUACGCAUACUUUUCACCGAGAAUCAUCAAAUCCUACGGCUACAGCACACUCCAGACUCAACUGCAUUCCGUCCCUCCUUUAGCAAUGGCCUUUUUUCUCUCUCUUGGGAUUGCAUUUGCCUCUGAUAGACUACGACACCGCUAUCUAUUUGUUCUGUUUAAUCUAGUGGUUGCAAUCGCCGGGCUCGCAAUCCUGCUAUCCGUCCACGAUAAGCCUCGAGUCCAGUAUGCCGCGCUGUUCCUUGUGGUCUUCGGUCCGUACUGCGGUAUGCCGGUGGCUAUCUGCUGGUUCACUAUGAACGUAGGAGGCCACCGACGGCGCGCGAUCGGUACAGCGCUGCAACUCGGGUUCGGGGAGAUCGCGGGAAUAGUGUCCACGUUCCUCUUUAAAGCCAAGGAGGCGCCGUACUACCAUACCGGGUACAGUGUGGCCAUUUCUUUCUUCACCCUGGCCGUAUUCUGGUCCACUUGCUAUUUUUUUGCGUGUUGGAUGGAGAACCGUAGGCGGGGUCGAUUGAUGUCGGAUGCGGAUGAUUCGCCUGAAAGUAUAAUGGUUGGGGAUGGCGACUUGGAUGUGUCAUAUCGAUAUAUGCUGUAG